CCAAGCCAACCAAUCGCCGGCCCACAGAAAACAGCGAAUCACGCGACGCGAAAGGACGGAGAGAGAGGACUGAGGGAGAGCUGGAGAGCGAGAGAUUCCGGCGUCUCCGCCUCGCCGUCCCCCGUCUCCCCGCCGCCGCCGCCGCCGCAGUAGCAGCCGAGGCCGGUCAUGCUAGCCGACCUCAACGUCGACCCGCCGGAGAGCGACGGCGAGGACCAACCACCAACUCCCAACCCCAACGUAAACCCCGCCACCGCCGCCGUCACCGCGGCGACGGUGGUCGCCAUCGAUUCCUCCACUAGGAGUAGCAAUGAUGAGGGUAGUUUGGCAAAAAGCGUGAUCACAACGAAGGAACCUGAUACUGUUGAAUGCGAAGAUGCUGAUCAACAUUGUCAAGGGGCUUCUGUUGCACGCGAAGAGAAAGUUAGCAACCUGAAAGCUGCUUUGGUACAUGUGGCACGGAAGAUGCCUAAAAAUGCCCAUGCACAUUUUAUGUUGGGUUUGAUGUACCAAAGGCUUGGUCAGCCACAGAAGGCAAUAGCGGCAUAUGAGAAGUCAUCUGAGAUAUUGUUACAAGAUGAAGAAGAAGUUCGAAGGCCUGAUUUGCUCUCAUCAGUGAGGAUACACCAUGCUCAGUGCAUUUUGCAAACAAGUAUGGGUGACACUUUUGAUGAAGAGCUUGAAUCUGGUGAACUAGAUGAAAUCCUUGUUAAAAUGAAGAGUUCAGUUGAAUCUGACCCCAGACAGGCAGCUGUUUGGAAUAUCCUUGGUUUGGUUCUUCUUCGUAGUGGUCAGCUUCAGAGUGCUAUCUCAGUUUUAUCUUCUCUGACGGUUGUUGCUCCAGAUUACUUGGACUCUCUUGCGAAUCUUGGUGUUGCCUACAUUCAAAGUGGGAAUCUAGAACUGGCCACAAAAUGCUUUCAAGAACUUGUUAUAAAAGAUCAAAACCACCCAGCUGCUCUGGUGAACUAUGCAGCUCUCCUUCUCUGUAAAUAUGGAUCUUUUGCUGCAGGGUCAGGUGGUAAUGUUAGUGCAGGCUCUUGUCUGCAUCAGAAAGAAGGCUUAGCUGUUGCAAAAGAGUGCUUACUUGCAGCAGUGAAGGCUGAUCCUAAAGCUGCAUCAGUAUGGGUUAAUCUUGCAAAUGCAUAUUACAUGGCUGGUGAACACAGAAAUUCAAAGAGAUGCUUGGAACAGGCAGCAAAGCAUGAACCCAGUCAUAUGCCCGCUCGGUAUGCUAUUGCAGUUCACCGAAUCAGAGAUGCUGUCAGAUCACAGUGUUCUGAUGAUCAACUUCUUUGGGCUUCAAAUGAAAUGGCAACAGUUCUAAAAGAAGGAGACCCUUCAGCAGUUGAUGCCCCAAUUGCAUGGGCAGGGUUGGCAAUGGCUCAUAGGGCACAGCAUGAAAUCGCUGCUGCUUAUGAUACUGAACAAAUUAAUCUGAGUGAUGUAGAAGAGCGAGCUCUUUAUACACUAAAACAGGCUAUCCAAGAGGACCCAGAUGAUGCUGUUCAAUGGCAUCAACUUGGUUUGUACAAUAUUUGCACCACUCAGUUUAGCCGAUCGGUAAAUUUCCUUAAAGCUGCUGUAGCUCGUUCGCCAGAUUGCAGCUAUGUGUGGUCAAAUCUUGGUAUUGCAUUGCAACUAUCAGACGAUUCAUCCUGUGAGACUGUAUAUAAACGAGCACUCAUCCUGUCUUCAAGCCAGCAGUCGUAUGCAAUCCUCUCCAAUCUUGGAAUUCUUUACCGACAGCAUGGGAGGUAUGAACUUGCAAGAAGGAUGCUACUGCGGUCGUUGGAACUAUGUCCUGGACAUGCCCCAGCCAACAACAACCUGGGGCUUGUAUCUAUUGCAGAGGGCCGUUAUGAGGAAGCUAUUAGCUGUUUUGAGAAGUCUCUGCAAUCUGAUCCGCUGCUUGAUGCUGCCAAAUCAAACUUGGCAAAAGUUCUCGCAUUGUCCAAGAAACAGUAGAUGAACAAAAGACAAAAGAUGCCCUUUGACUAGAGCUUUAAACAUGAACAGCAUUCAUAAUGUAGAACGUCGCAAUGGAGCUAACUCAGAAGCUGAUAGUACUUGGUGGCUAUGGACUUCUCACAGGUUCACAGGUCACAGCAUAAGGAACUGCAGCUUCAUAUGGUUCCCUUGGAAUUUGACUAAAUUAUUGCCCUUUGUGCAGAGGACCAUAAGGCCCUGGAGUUGGUCCGCCAGUUGUACAAGCUAUGAGCUAUCCAUAGUGCCCCUUCACUCUAGUGAAGGCUCACGUUUUGAAGUAUAAAAUUUCAUUGUAACAAGCAUGUACUAGGAUUUCCUACUACUGCAGUACAUAACACCUCAGAAGUUUUAGGCUUUUAGCUGUAAUAGCUGUACCAGUCCAAGCUUUAGCUGUAAACAAUUACAACAUUAGUCUUGUGGCAAACGAUGCUAGAUGCUGGCUUUGCCAUUGAAUUCGAAUCCAUGUAACCUCUGUUGGUUUGAUCCGAAAACAUUCAUUAAUUAAUGUUGCAAAAACUAAGGUGCGACCCAUGCGUCUUAGUUUUUAUUAAGACUGCAGGGAAACAACUAGCCCUUAAUUCA